AUGGCUAUUGCGCGACCUAUUCGCAUGCUGGGUGCAGCAUGCAUUCUUCUUUGCCUAUUCCUUGUCUUCCAAUUACAUCAAGGCUCCUCUGAAGAAGGGACAAAGUUGACCCAUGGCAUGAAAAAGGAUCCUCUUGUAGAUCCGACCGGAGAGCCUGCAGGAAAUUUAUGGCGAGCUGAUGAACAUGAUUACACCCCGAAUAGCGAGAAUUCGGCCCGCACCAAUGCCGCGCUUAUCACCCUCGUCCGCAAUGAGGAACUGGACCAGCUCCUACAGACUAUGAACGAUCUGGAGAAGACCUGGAACGGCAAAUUCAACUACCCCUAUAUCUUCUUCAACGAUGUCGAAUUUACCCAGGAGUUCAAGCAGAAGACGCAGGCCGCCACCAAGGCAAAGUGUCAAUACGAACUCGUCCCCAAGGAACACUGGGAAGUGCCGGACUGGAUCAACAUGGAACUGUUCUACGAAUCCGCAAAGGUUCUGGAAGAACAGGACAUUCAGUACAGCUCCAAGAUCUCCUACCACCAGAUGUGUCGCUGGAACAGCGGCAUGUUCUACAAGCACCCUGCUCUCGCCGAAUACCGCUACUACUGGCGCAUUGAGCCCAAUGUCAGAUUCUUCUGCGACGUCGACUACGAUGUGUUCCGCUACAUGGAGGAUGGCAACAAGACCUACGGCUUCACCAUCAACCUCUACGAUGCGCCCCAGAGUAUCCCAUCCCUCUGGCCUGAGACCCAGCGCUUCCUCGCCGCCAACCCCUCGUAUCUGAGCGACAACAACAUGUGGGAGUGGAUUACAGAUGACGUGGCUCGUCCGGAGCACACCAAGGGUGGCAACGGUUACUCCACCUGCCACUUCUGGUCCAACUUCGAGAUCGGUGAUCUUGACUUCUUCCGCGGCGAGCAGUAUGAGGCAUACUUCCAGCACCUGGAUCGCGCGGGUGGUUUCUUCUAUGAGCGCUGGGGUGACGCCCCUGUCCACUCGCUUGGAAUUGGUCUCUUCGCCGAUGCCGCCAAUGUACACUGGUUCCGUGAUAUUGGAUAUAACCACAUUCCUUAUCUCAACUGCCCGAACUCCCCCAAGUGUUCCGGCUGCAAGGCUGGCCAGUUCUACCAAGGCGCAGACUUCCUCUCCAAGGAAGAUUGUCGCCCAACUUACUUCAAGUAUGUCGGAACUCACUGA